AGACCUGCUCUCUGGCCAGCCACCGCUGGGAUUAGGCUGCUCCAACAGUCUGGCUGACGCUCUGUGCGGGAAUAAAGUCCUGCUGGCUGGAGGCAGCACACCCGACCGGGCUUCGCAGCCCUCCAGAAGGGACUCUAGAACUGAAGGAGCAACGGUCAGGAUUUUGAAGAUUUCAAAACAACGCAAGUUUAAAAUAACCUUUGAAAACAUCCAACUUAAGAAAAUACCAAAACUCUCUGAAUUGUUUUUUUCUUUUCUUGCAAGACUGCAAGCAUUUUAAGUUACUAUGUCUGUUCAGGAGCCAUAUGGAAAAAUCGGUUCUAUCCUGUUAAACUGGUUGCAGAGUUUUGGUUUUCAUCUGUCUACAGAGAUCUGAAAAGUCUGUGUUGUUUUAUUUUAUGCUUUUUCGGCAAAGGAAGCAAGUGGUGUGGGGAUCAUCUGGCCAGGAACACAAUAGUACUGAAGAUGUCCUGGUUCUGGUUUUCUCUGCCUCUCCAUCUUCUCACGGUGGCUUGCUUGUGUCAUUCCAUAAAAGCACCCACCACCAGUUCCCAGCAGAGCUUCAAGACCAAUCUCUUCAAUUUCUACCACUCCCUGAUACUUGCUGAUGGCAAGGAAACUACAGUUCACCUGCUGAAAGAUAUACCUAAAAGGUAUUACUUUGUUUUGGAGGAAGGCAACGCCCUCGCACCUUUCACAAUAACAGUGACCCCUUGUGAUGUUCCCAUUGAAUGGAGCAUACUUGUGCACAAGGCUUCAGCAAGUUUCCUUGGAAAAGCAGCACGAGGUGAUCAUGCCACACAAGACAUCUCAAAGUCUCAGAAGGCUCCAAGCGUGGUGUCCACCAUUUUUAACUAUAAGGGAAAUUCUGUAGAGACUUACAUGGGUAUGUCUUCUCAUUCUGCCCUUUACAUGCUAGAGUUCUUAUCCACUGAGCGAGACACACACAUUACCGUAUACUUAACAACUGACACAACAUCUGGGCACCUCUAUCCAGAACUUCCAAUGGAUCCACGCAUAGAUGUCAUUGGCAUCGGGCAUACAACAGUGACUCUGACCUGGAAACACAGCCCUUCUGUCUUGCAACAUAGAGAAAACAUCCAGUACUGUCUUCUAGUUAAUGAAAAGCACAACUAUAAGAGCUUAUGUGCUGCUGAGACAGCAAUCAGGUCCUCUGGAAUGAAACUGCCAUCUACGUUAGCUUUGUCUCUCUCUCCUUACCUUCUUGAACCGCAGCAGGUGAUGAUAUUGUCCAACAGCGAGUUGAGCAUCAUCAACAAAGUGAGUAGUGGGGAAGUCAGGCAGAUAUGCAUGGGUACCAAGAACACUUACACGGUGCCCAAUCUCAGUCCCAGCACUCAGUAUUACUUUGACGUUUUUGUUGUCAAUCUCCUCACAAAUGCCAGCGCUGCUUAUACUGGGACAUUUGCAAGGACCCUGGAAGAACCUGAACCUAAGGUGAUGGAGAUGAAAGAUGGGAAAAUUAUUCAGGUUGUGCUGGAUGGGAAAAACCAGAAAUCCUACAGUCUGCAGUACCAGGCGAGGCACAAGAGAAUACAAUUCACAUUUCAGUUGUGUCGUGGCCAAGUGCGGGUUCACAUAACAAAGAACGGUAAAACAGUGGCAUCAGAAAACAUCUCAGGGCUGAGGUAUUUCUCACUGAAGGGGAAGCUGCUGGACACAUAUUUGGUGCAGCUGAGGUCCACAGAGGAAUCUAACUCUUCUGUGAAAGUACAGGUGUCCCCUCAUUUCCAAAAGCCCUUAUUCCCACUUCUACCAGAGAGCUUAAAAAUCAAGUCCUUCAGUAAACUGAGGACCUGCAACUCUGUCACCAUUGCCUGGCUAGGAACACAAGAGGAGAGCAAGUACUGUGUGUACAAGAAAAGGAUUGAAGAAGAUCAGGUCUGGAUGGAACUGCAGAGUGUGGACAGGUGCUCUGGACCUGAAUCUCGGCACAAGUCGGAGAAAGUGCUGUGCAAGUAUUUCUAUGAUGUCAAUCUCCAGCGAGCUGUCACCUCAGAGACCAUCAAAGGGCUGGAUGCAGGGACACUUUACUUGUUUGAUGUUUAUCUCUUUGGGCCAUCUGGCAUCCCCAUCAGAUAUCACAGCAAAGUUGUGAAGACCCGAAAAAAAUGCUGAAGGCUUUUAAAGAAGUGUUUUGAAGUCAGUGAAUGAAGAAUAUUAUUCAAAAUCUAUGCCAAUCCAUGCAGUUUAAAGGAUGCUGACACGAAAAAAAUUAAAGCUGUGAGAUUCUAUGGAGGAAGCAUCUUAGUUGUCUACAUCAUUACUCUUACUUUUGCAUUUUCUUUCCUAUAUAACGUUUCCCCCCAGCCCCCUCAGCUGUCUCAUUCAGACAUCAAAACCAGACCUGUGAAAGAAAUCCACGCACAUGGAAAUAAAGUACCCACAAGAGCACCCAUGGGAAAUAGAUCGGUUACCUAAAAUGCUUCUGAAAUCCAAUACAGAAGUGAUGGAAAAUGCCUCUCAAGAAGCACACACCAUUAUUUUAAAGUCCCAGAGAGUUUUCCACUUUGUGUAACUCCAUCAGCUAACAAGGAACUGAGAGACCCCACAAGUCAAGCUGCUUUUGAGAAAAUAAACUUCCCCACUGCCUGAACAGGGAUGGAGACAAAAAAAAAUAAAUUAAGAAAGCAGUGAAAUUGGUGUAAAGCUCCACACCCUGAGUAAAGCAGGCUGAAAUACAGCUUUCCCUAUUACCUGCAUGUUUGCUUGGCUUUCAUGUCUAUAGAUGAACUGUGCUUGGUUAGAAAUGGACAGAAUUCAGGCCAGGAACUGGCUCUGGAUCCAGCCCUUCUGGGGAUUAUACAAAUACACUGCUGCGCUGCCUCCCACUGAGGGAAGCAGCAGGUAAGAAAUCUUGCCAUGGAAAGGAGGGGUUUACCUACAGUCUCCGGUAUCAAGCCCAUGACUAUCAUCAUGUGACUCCUGAGGGUAACAUACUCACUCUUUACAUCCUUAAUCCAGCCCAUAUUAAUGAAUGCAUUGCUUUAGGAAAAAUUAAAUGUGGUUUUCCUAUUAAAUAUCAUGGAGGGAAAAUAUUUGUAGUAAAAAUUCUGACAAACA